AUGGCAAGUAGUCUUCCCGUCAUGCGUCAAUUCCCAACCUUACAAAGCGUCACCCACAUAGAUCAGCAAUGUAAGAAACCCACCAAUGCAUCAAAAUUCAGUAUCGCCAUCCUAAAGCGUCUUGCUCCAGCUCUUCGCGCCGCUCUCCUUGUCAAUUACAUCAAAAUCGUGUUCCUUGUACUUGGUGACGUCAAUAGGAGAAGGAUGGGGAAAGGCGGACGUACUGAGUCCAAAAUGGAGGUUUGA